CCCAAAAAAGGAAACCCAUAACUCUCCCAAAUUAACAAACAUCGCCCAUUUUCCUUCUCCAAUGGCAAAACACUCUGAUUGCUUCUGGGUUUUGUUUCUUGCUUCCAAAUGCGAAACUUUCUCCUCUCCAAACUCCAUUUUACUUCCUCUUUUUAUUUGCAUGGCUUGGCUGGCCAUGGCACUCUGCUUCUGGAACUGCCCUGGAGGCCCUGCCUGGGGUAAGUAUUGGUUGCGCAAGAGAGCAGCAUCCACAAAACCCAAUAACAUCAUUCCAGGGCCGCGAGGGUUCCCGGUUCUUGGAAGCAUGAACCUCAUGGUUAACCUGGCUCACCGCAAGCUUUCUGCUGCAGCCAAGCCUUUUGGUGCUAAGCGGCUCAUGGCUUUUAGCUUGGGUGACACACGGGUUAUCAUUACAUGCAACCCUGAUGUAGCCAAAGAGAUUCUUAACAGUUCUGUUUUCGCUGAUCGUCCAGUGAAAGAGUCAGCAUAUAGUUUAAUGUUCAACAGAGCAAUUGGUUUUGCUCCUUAUGGAGUUUACUGGCGAACCCUAAGAAGAAUUGCCGCAACACAUCUCUUUUGUCCUAAACAAAUCAGCUCCACCGAGGCACAGAGGUUGGAUAUCGCCUCCCAAAUGGUGUCUAUAAUUGCAUAUCGUGGUGGAGAGUUCUCUGUACGUGAUGUACUCAAGAAAGCUUCCCUUAACAACAUGAUGUGCUCAGUGUUUGGUAUUAAAUAUCAACUGGGUUCAUCAAAUAGUGAAACUGAAGAACUCAGCCAGCUUGUUGAAGAAGGUUACGACCUACUAGGGAAGCUCAAUUGGUCUGAUCAUCUUCCAUGGCUUGCUGGUUUAGACCUUCAAAAAAUCCGGCUUCGAUGCUCCGAACUAGUUCCCAAGGUGAACAAGUUUGUGAACAAAAUCAUUCAAGAACAUAAACACCAAACUGGGAAAAGAAACCAUGAUUUUGUGGACGUUUUACUUUCUCUGAAUGGUCCUGAUAGACUCUCAGACCACGAUAUGAUUGCAGUUCUCUGGGAGAUGAUAUUUAGAGGAACGGAUACUGUGGCGGUUUUAAUAGAGUGGAUACUUGCGAGAAUGGUGCUUCACCCUGAAAUCCAAUCAAAAGUGCAGGCCGAGCUUGAUCAAGUUGUUGGGAGAUCACGGCCGUUGAUGGAAUCAGACAUUCAAUCGAUGGUUUACCUGCCGGCGGUGGUGAAGGAGGUUCUCAGGCUGCACCCACCUGGCCCACUUCUAUCAUGGGCCCGUUUGGCAAUCACAGACACUACUAUUGAUGGAUAUCACGUGCCCGCUGGGACCACAGCCAUGGUUAACAUGUGGGCCAUCGCCAGGGACCCAGAUGUUUGGGCGGACCCACUCAAGUUCAUGCCAGACAGAUUCGUGUCCAAGGACGGAGCCGACGUGGAGUUCUCUGUCUUGGGGUCUGACCUCAGGCUGGCGCCAUUUGGGUCAGGCCGCAGGACUUGCCCCGGAAAGACUUUGGGUUUGGCGACUGUUAGCUUCUGGGUCGCCUCCUUAUUGCGCGAGUUUGAGUGGAUGCAAUCAGAUGAUAAUCCUGUUGAUCUCACUGAAAUGCUUAGGCUUUCCUGUGAAAUGGCUAAGCCUCUGAAGGUCAAAGUGCACCCUAGGCGCAGAUAAAAAGGAGAAAACAAGUGAGAACCGUUUGAAACGAUAAUCGUACAAGUUCUGAGUUGUUCAAUCGCAACAAAAGCGAUUACCCUUAAUUAGCAACCUGUUAGAUAUGGUGGACCUAAAAAUGUACAUAUAGCAUGUGUUUCUCUCUAUAAAUGUCAAUGCCCGGUUGUUGAUCUUAACUUU